AUGAAUAGGGUUAUUAAUAAGAAAUUUGUUGGUAGACAAACAGUCAAUAAGAAAAGAGCCGUCUCGAAUAGCACAAGACACAACAUUUUUUUGAAAGCACUGAAUCUGAUUAGGUCUUAUUCAGUGAAACCUGAAGAACCUUCACCAGUAACAACGAUGAGUGAUAGCAGUUAUGUUUCGCUAAUUGACAAGUACAAACCUCCAUCAUUCACAAAGCACUUAGCGGCAGAUAUAAGGGUUCCUUUUGCUCCAUACCACUUGAUUCCUGAUGAUCUCAAAAUCCCGGGCCGGAGCUAUGAUUCGAUGGCCGAUUUUUCCCAAAAGAAGUAUCAGAAUAAUGAACAACCACCAUUGGAGGAUCACUCAGUCGAGAUCAAAGGUGGCAUGAAGUAUGAUAAGUAUUUGAGCGAACUGUAUUUGCACAAGCCUAGGCAGCUAUUAUCAGGGGCAUUUAGCUACUCAUUACCUGAAGCUAGAAAGCAACACAAAUUCUUAACAGUUUCCCCCAACGCCAUGAAGGAUCUAAAUUUGAAUGCCGAGUAUGAAUUAAACAAGGAAAACAAUACUUAUUUUGAGGAGAUUUUGGGAGGACAGAAAAUCGUUGAAAAAACGUUUCCUUACAGUCAAGCUUAUGCUGGAUUUCAAUUUGGCCAGUUUGCAGGUCAAUUAGGUGAUGGAAGAGUUAUCAAUUUAUUUGAAGUAGAGGGUGACAAUGGUCAGAAGUUCGAGAUUCAGUUAAAAGGAGCAGGUAAAACUGCAUUCUCGAGGUUUGCCGAUGGGAAAGCAAUUUUGAGAUCCAGUGUACGAGAAUUUAUUAUUUCUGAGUACUUGAAUGCUAUUGGAAUUCCAACAACCAGAUCUUUGGCAAUUACUUCAUUAACAAAAACCUACGCCCAAAGAGAAAGGGCUUUGUCAUGUGCGAUAGUUGCCCGAUUUGCUCCAAGCUGGGUCAGAGUUGGUACAUUUGAUUUGUACCGAGCCAGAGGAGAUAGGAAAGGCUUGCGAAAAAUGGCAGACUAUUGUAUCGAACAUGUUUUUGGAGGAGAAGGUAAACUAGGUGAUGUAGUUAUUGAUGGAGGGGCAACGAAAUAUGAUAAACUAUAUCUAGAAAUUGUCAGAAGAAAUGCAAGAACUACAGCAAUGUGCCAAGUGUAUGGAUUUUUGAAUGGUGUCCUUAACACUGACAAUACUUCAAUUAUGGGACUCUGUAUUGAUUUUGGACCAUUCGCAAUAAUGGAUAAGUUUAAUCCUGGUUAUACUCCGAAUAGUGAAGAUGGAGAAAACAGAUAUGGCUAUGAUAAUGUCCCAAGUUCUGUUUGGUGGAAUUUGACAAGAUUGGGUGAAGAUUUGGGAGAAUUAAUAGGUGCUGGACCGAAAUUCGUCAAUGAUGAGAGCUUAUUAAAAGGGAAUAUUGAUGCUGAGUUAGAGGGCAAAAUCAUUGGUAGGGCAAAUAAAGUCAUUGACAUGGCACAACAAGAAUAUCAGGAUGAAUUUUUGAAAACGUAUAUUGAAACUUUUGGUAAAAGGUUGGGAUUGGCGAAGGUAAAUACUGGGGAUAACGAUGAAUUGAUUUCUCCAAUGCUAAAAAUGAUGUGGGAAACUGAAAUAAAUUAUAAUAAGUUUUUUGUGACUUUGAGUAAUAUCGAGUUUUUCAAAAAGCCUGGAGGCAUUGAAACUAACAGUCCAGCACAAUCGCAUGAUUAUUUGGAACUGGCAAAAAAAUUCAUUCCUUUGAAUUUUCAAAAUUCCAAAGGUUGGUCUACAGAAGAAAUUGCUGGCAAGAUUGCUGAAUUUUUGAAGAUCUACCAUCAAAGAUUGAUUGAUGAAUCUACUAUGAGUGAUAACUCGCGUCUUUUGGUUUCCAAGUCAUUCAAUCCGAAAUUCGUUCCUAGUAGUUGGGUUAUGGAAGAAGUUGUUGAAACGUUGAGAGAAAACAAAUGUGAUGAUAUUUCCACUUUAAAGAAAUUGACGAAAAUGAUUUGUUCACCAUUUGAUGAGAAUAGUUGGGGAGAAGAGCUACCAGAUGUUCAAAAGAGAUGGAUGGAUCUGGGUGAAAGCUAUGAUGGGGAAAAGUAUAUGCUACAAUGCUCUUGCUCAAGUUAA